AUUUUUUAAAAAAUUAAACAAGAUGCCAGAAGAAACAGAAACCUUUGCCUUCCAGGCUGAGAUUGCUCAGCUUAUGUCGCUGAUCAUCAACACAUUCUAUUCAAACAAGGAGAUCUUCUUGCGUGAACUGAUUUCGAAUGCAUCGGAUGCCCUCGAUAAGAUUCGUUAUGAAUCGUUGACAGAUUCCACCAAACUGGAGUCCGGCAAGGAAUUGUACAUCAAGUUGAUUCCCAACAAGACGGCCGGCACCUUGACCAUCAUUGAUACGGGCAUUGGCAUGACCAAAUCGGAUUUGGUUAACAAUUUGGGUACAAUUGCCAAAUCUGGUACCAAAGCCUUUAUGGAAGCGCUGCAGGCUGGCGCUGACAUUUCCAUGAUUGGUCAAUUUGGUGUGGGUUUCUAUUCGGCAUAUUUGGUGGCCGAUAAGGUUACGGUGACCUCCAAGAAUAACGAUGAUGAGCAAUACAUCUGGGAAUCGUCGGCUGGUGGCUCCUUCACGGUGAAGGCUGAUAACUCUGAGCCUCUGGGACGUGGUACCAAGAUCGUGCUGUACAUUAAGGAGGAUCAGACCGAUUAUCUGGAGGAGAGCAAGAUCAAGGAGAUUGUGAACAAGCAUUCCCAGUUCAUUGGCUAUCCCAUCAAAUUGCUGGUCGAGAAGGAGCGCGAAAAGGAAGUCAGCGACGAUGAGGCCGAUGAUGAGACCAAGGAGGGUGAUGACAAGGAGAAGGAGAAGAAGGAAAUGGAAACCGAUGAGCCAAAAAUUGAAGACGUUGGCGAGGAUGAAGAUGCCGAGAAGAAGGAGGGCGAUGCCAAGAAGAAGAAGACCAUCAAGGAGAAAUACACCGAGGAUGAAGAGUUGAAUAAGACGAAACCCAUUUGGACUCGCAAUCCCGAUGAUAUCAGCCAGGAGGAAUACGGAGAGUUCUACAAAUCUCUGACCAACGAUUGGGAGGACCAUCUGGCGGUGAAACACUUCUCCGUUGAGGGUCAACUGGAGUUCCGUGCCCUGCUCUUCAUUCCUCGUCGCACUCCCUUCGAUCUCUUCGAGAAUCAAAAGAAACGCAACAACAUCAAGCUCUAUGUCCGUCGUGUCUUCAUCAUGGACAACUGUGAGGAUCUGAUUCCCGAGUACUUGAACUUCAUCAAGGGUGUGGUCGACUCUGAGGAUUUGCCUUUGAACAUUUCCCGUGAGAUGUUGCAGCAGAACAAAGUCCUGAAGGUCAUCCGCAAGAAUCUCGUGAAGAAGACCAUGGAGCUCAUUGAGGAGUUGUCCGAGGAUAAGGAGAACUACAAGAAGUUCUAUGAUCAGUUCAGCAAAAAUCUGAAAUUGGGUGUCCACGAGGAUAGCAACAAUCGUGCCAAAUUGGCCGAUUUCCUGCGUUUCCAUACAUCAGCAUCGGGUGAUGACUUCUGCUCCCUCUCCGACUACGUGUCCCGCAUGAAGGAGACCCAGAAGCAUAUCUACUUCAUCACUGGCGAGUCCAAGGACCAGGUCAGCAACUCUGCAUUUGUGGAGCGUGUCAAGGCUCGUGGCUUCGAGGUGGUCUACAUGACCGAACCCAUCGAUGAGUAUGUGAUCCAGCACUUAAAGGAAUACAAGGGCAAGCAGCUGGUCUCUGUGACCAAGGAGGGUCUGGAGUUGCCCGAAGACGAGGCCGAAAAGAAGAAGCGUGAGGAGGAUAAGGCCAAGUUCGAGAGUUUGUGCAAACUCAUGAAAUCCAUUCUGGACAACAAAGUCGAGAAGGUCGUGGUAUCCAAUCGUCUGGUGGAUUCGCCAUGCUGUAUUGUCACCUCUCAGUUCGGCUGGUCCGCCAACAUGGAGCGCAUCAUGAAGGCCCAGGCUCUGCGUGACACCUCCACCAUGGGCUACAUGGCCGGCAAGAAGCAUUUGGAAAUCAAUCCCGAUCAUCCCAUCGUAGAGACUCUGCGCCAGAAGGCCGAUGCCGACAAGAAUGACAAAGCUGUCAAGGAUUUGGUCAUCUUGCUGUUUGAGACCUCGCUGCUAUCCUCUGGUUUCUCCCUGGACAGUCCCACAGUCCAUGCUAGCCGCAUUUAUCGCAUGAUCAAACUGGGCUUGGGCAUUGAUGAGGAUGAGCCCAUGACCACCGAAGACAACCAGAGUGCGGGCGAUGCUGCCGAUCUCUUGGAUGACACUGAAGAUGCUUCUCACAUGGAGGAGGUCGAUUAAGCUACCAAAUAGUUACUAAAUUAAUGUCCUCCCGCACAUUUAAACACACACACACACAAACACCCACCCACCCACACACACACGCACGAACAUCCUCGCAACAACUCAAAUUAUGUAUCAAAAUUUUUAGGUUUUUUUUUGUUUUUUCUUUCUUUUGCUGCCGCGUUGUAAGCGGCAGUCCAAAUCAUUCACACAUACUUCAGAUACGGACAUAUAUAUAUAUAUAUAGAUAUAUUUUAUACGCUUAAGUAAUCAGUCAAAGUAGUCACCCCCGCACCACCUCAUCCAAAUCAUACAAAUCAUACUAAGCAGUUGUCGUCAAAGAAAGUUGCCCCUCAUUUGAUCCAUCAUAUAUAAUAUAUUUUAUAUGUUAACUUACUCACUAAGACUUACUUCUAGUUGAUAUAGCCAUAUAUUACCGAAAUAAUGGAAAAUGUUUGGACUUAACAAUUGAUUGAAUCGAUGAUAUAAUUAUAUAAAUAUAUAUUUAAAAAAAAAAGUAAACUAUAAUAAUAAAAGAACCAGCAAAAGUCCUUAAAGAAUAACGAAAA